AUGUCUAAACAGUUACUUAUCAAUGAAAGACCCUCUGAUAAUGGUCCAUCUUACGGUGGAGGUGGAGAUUUCGGAGGCGGCGGUGGAGACUGGCCUAAAGCCUCAAUUGGUAACUACAAGGGAGUCAUGCUUUGCAAUAGACCCAACGAACUGGGUCAGCAAAGAAAGCCAGAUCGUGCGAAUCUACCAUUCAACUCUCGUGUGAUGCCCGAGGAGCCUGUCGGUUGGAACCCCACUAAGAAGUUGUUCCCAAAGACCAGCAAGAAAAAGAUAGAUCCUAAUAACAUCCUGUUCAAGCAUAAGCGCUUCCUAAAGAACCUUGAGGACUAGAAAUAUAGAGAGAAAGAGGAGCAAGAACGCACCUAAUAAGAAAAGGAAGAAAAAAAGAAAAAAUUCAUUGAGACCGCUGCAGUCCAGAGGAAAAAGAUCAAGGAGUUAAAGAAAGAUGAAAAUGGAAACGUCAUCUAGGAGGCAGAGUACGAGGAUGAGCUGCCAAAGGCAAGACUUACUGAAGAAAAUCUUAAGAAGUAGGAUGUGAUUUCAUAAAAGAGUGCUCAGCAAUAGAAAUCUUAGGUUAGCAAAAGAAAUAAACAAAAGCCAGCAUGGGCUAAAACUGAAUAGGAAUUGGAAGAUGAAAAGGAAAAGGAAAUCGAUAAUUUAUUGGAGUUUGCCUAUGAGUUAGAUUAUGAGAAGUUCAUGGAUGAUUUUGAGGUCAGACAGGCACUUGCAAUCAUUAAGGAUAGAGUUCAGGAAAUAAAGAAAGAUGAAGACUGGAAGGCAAAGAUGGCUAAGGAAUGGAAUGAUGCUGCAGCUGAAGAUGAGGGUGGUGAUUAUCAAAAUGCCUACAACCCAACUAAGAAGAAUGAUGAUGAUGCCAAGUCUCAUGCCACUAGUUUCAAGAGUGCUAAGACUGGCAUGUCAAAGGGCAGUUUAAGAUCUUAGGUCGAGAAGGCAGUCCAAGAACAGGGCAGACCUGAGUGGGACUAAUCUGUUAAAUCACAAAAGAUGACCACUGAAGAGCGUGUUGCUAACCGUUUGGCUAACGAAGUGCUGAAAGAUAAUGCCAAGCUCAGAGGUGUCCACUCCAAUCAAUCUAUCCAAAAACUACUUAUGAAGGAAGCCAAGAGAUAGUUAAUGGAGGGUGGCGAAUAUAAGGGACCUGUUAUCUAGGUCAUCAAGGAGAAGGAGUUGAAGGAACCCGGAUAAGAUUACAGUAAUCUGCCUUACCUACACAAAAACCCAGCCGUCUGA